UGCGCUCUCCCUGGUUUCCCCAGAGGGCGCCCCGAGAGGCGGCAGACACAGAGACUGCCCGGGCUCCGGCGGGGCACACACAGUCGGCUGGGGAGACGCGGGGAGCCAGGGAAGCGGCUGCAGCCCGCCAGACACCCACCCGGGCGUCCAGCGGCUGCCCUAGGGUUCCCACAGUUGCGCCACCCGCCCGGCUUCCCAGAGGUGGACUACGGGGUUCCAGGUUUCUGCCGGUCUCUAGUCUCCAGGAGUCGGCGGGCUGAGAGCGGCGCUUGCCCCACCCGGUCUCUGGGGACGUCCGCGGAAGGCUGUUGGAUUUCUUCGCCUUGGGCUGCGAUUUCUGAGGCGUUGCAGUACGUGCUCCAAGCUGAGCCUGCCGGGAGCUGGAGGCCGGUCGGCAUCCCCGCUGGUGCGCUUUGAAGGUUCCUGAUGAAUCGCGAGAACCCCCCACCGUAUCCAGGCCCAGGCCCAACGGCUCCAUACCCACCUUAUCCACAACAACCAAUGGGGCCUAUGGCGGGGCCCUACCCACCUCCUCAGGGAUACCCCUACCCAGGAUAUCCACAGUACGGCUGGCAGGGUGGGCCUCAGGAGCCUCCUAAGACCACAGGUUGCUUUUGCAUAUUUGUCAAACCAGUUAGCCCUGUUCAGUGUAUGUGGUGGAAGACCAAAGAAGAGAUGACCUGGGCCCAUCCACCUGCCUCACAGCCUGCUGGACUGCUCUCUGUUGCUGCUGCCUCUGGGACAUGCUUACCUGAUCAGACCAGCCCUCCUGCCUCGACAAUUCAACCGCCACCUCCAAUAGGUGUGCCCACCCCAUUUCUUCUGAUUGCUGUAAUAAGUGACUAGCUCCGCAGACACCUCUACCUUCAACACUAUGGGAUUCUAGAUUAGUGAGGGUUGCUGCUGUUUAAUUCAGUGACUUGAUCUUUUUAAUGUUCAAAAUCCAUUUCUUAUUGAUCUUUAACAAAUGUGCUAAAUGACUCUCCUUUUAUUUUUUGGCCAAAGGCUUAGUUAUGAAAUAUAUAUUUAUAAUUUUUAAAUUAUACAUUCAAGGUAGUGACGAGAUUUAUUUAACACCACUGAAUGAUUUCUCUGCUAACACCCUGUUUCAAUAAACAUGUCCAAACCUC